AUGAAGUUACUUUCUUCCUUCUUUUUGACUACGAGUGCGUUUCACUCGACAACUAUUAUCUCCACGUCUGCUACAUCAACAACUUCAUUCAGCCCAACAGAAUCAUCCCAGCCAGUCAGCUACUGCGAGUUUCCAAAGCUCAAGCAAGGCUGUGACCCGGACAAUGGAGCAGCUUUCGGAUCGUCAGUCAAAUGCAAAAAGAAGUGCAACGGUUUUAAGCAAGCGACAAAGACAAAGACCAGGGUGAUCAGUCGAAAAUAUGGUUCUGUUCUCUACUCAGUCGACUUCAAAGGGAAAACAAGGCUGCCAGCAGAGGAGGAUUACGUCGGAAUGGUUCGCUUCAAAAUUUCCAACUGCGGCGAGUUCGUCACUGACCAUCAUCUCCACUUGCAAGAUCUACAUGUUUCAUUUUCUGACCUCCAACUUGAUGUCUACGAAAGUCAGUUCAUCGGACAUCAAACGCCGAAAAAAGAAAGACAUGGGACGAAAGAAAGUGUUUUUCUCCAGUUUUCUCGACGAUAUCAACAACGAGAACUGAAGAAUGAGAAUGGUGACUCUUUGCUGAUGGAGGUGAAUUUCAAUGAAGAUCAGCACGACUUUGAAGCAGUGGAAGAAUGCGUGACAAAAGCUAAUUAUUAUUUCAUGACCAAGCAAAUCGAUGAAGAAACCAACAACGAAGACUACACCAAAUGUAUGCUCCAUUCACUCUACAAAGAGCCGAUCGAUUGGGAGGAAACUUUCGAGUUUCCACCCCUAUCCAUGCCGAAGACGAAAACUUGUUCAAGCCCUGGAAGUUCUUCGAAAAUCGCUGGUGGACAAGAAACGAAAAAGGGAAGAUACCCCUGGUUUGCUUGGAGCGAGAAGACGGGCUUUGAUGAGACCGAAAACUGCGGCUUGACAAUUUUGACAAAAUACGAGGACGGUUCUGACGAUUGGCUUGUGACAGACUCGUGGUGCUGCUACUUUGAUAUGUCCCGAUUCAACAUCCAUAUUGGCGCUUAUGACUUGGAAUACCCCGACAACGAUGAAUACAUAAUCAAUCCCAUCGAGUAUCGAAAUGGAAUUCUAUCUGAAACCAGACAAUGCAUGGUCAGGGUUCCGAAUCUGAUUGACAACGCACCCGAUUCUUGUGCUGGCGGAUCGUGUUUUGAGCCAGCUUGCUUAUCAGAUGUGGAGUUGGAAGAUGGAACAAGCUGCUAUAUAGCUGGCCUUGGUGACUACAUUGAGUUCGUGCCCGAGCAAGCGACGGUUCUCCGUGAUGCGGUUCUAAUCUAUUUGGAUGGAGAAUUCAAAUCAAUCGACGAAAAUGACCCAGCAAAGACUUGCCUUGGUGAUACUGGCGGAGGGCUCAUCUGCCUCGUCGAUGACUAUCCUGUUCUCAAAGGCGUGCUUGACUACAAUUGGGGCCUUUGCGCUGAGGUUGACGAUUUAAUCAGUGUCAGUUUUGUUGACGCGAACGAAAUGGAGAGCUUUGUUCUCACUCCACCUCCUGUGACAGAACCAACCGAAACGUCGACAACUGACUCUUCUCCGCUUCCCACUGGUCCUGGAAUCUUCCCAAAUGCGACUUUCGAGCAGCCAUCUUGGAAAAACAUGACUUGUGAAACUCCUCUUGAACCAAUCGAGAGCGAGCCUCUUACAAAAAUCGUCGGCGGAACAGAUGUGCCGAUCGAUGCGCAUCCUUAUUACGCGAACUUUGAUUUCUCCUGCGGAGGGACAUUGAUCACAAUGUUUGAAGAUGGCUCUCACGAUUUUGUACUGACUGCUGCGCACUGUUGUUUCGGUACAAAUAUAGAUGAUGCCCUUGUGCUUUUAGGAGUCUCAGUCAUCGACCGGGUUGAACCUUGCAGUUUGGACCUUGAAUUGCAAAACUUCAAGAUUCACGAAGAUUACGAUCGUUUUGAUUUCAACAGUACUGACGAGACUGGAACUCCUCAUGACAUCUGUCUUCUGAAAAUUCCCAAUGUCAAGCAGUCGCUCAUCAAUCAGUACGGCCCUGAGGGCCCAGAAACAUGCGCAUCGAAGAUAUCCCCAGCAUGUCUUCCAGCAGACCAUGUUGCCGACGGAUCUUACUGCAAGGUUGCAGGUUAUGGGGCUGGUAACGAGCCAUCGCAUCUUUUGAAUGAAGUCGGCGUUUACACAUUUUCUAACGAGUACUGUGAGGCAACGAAUAUGAUAAGUUUCGAGCCAACAACUUGGGAAACGCAGUUUUGCGCUGGAAUCCCAGAUUUUGAUGGCGAUGGACAAACUGACGGAGGGAAGGAUUCCUGCCAGGGCGACUCUGGAGGACCCUUGGUCUGCGAAGCUUUUGGAAAACCCGUUGUUUACGGUGUUGUUUCUUGGGGUUUCGGCUGCGCUGCUCCGAACUUUCCAGGAAUUUACGCUAAAGUCUCCAAUUAUGUUGACUGGAUAUUCGAUACAAUGGACAAUCUUCAAAAUUCUUGA